AUGGAGCAUCAUCGUGAAGAGGAGGUUGUUGAUCUUGAGUCUUUUAGCAUUAUGGCUUUAUCACCUUUAGAUGGCCGAUAUUUGCAGAAAGUCAAGGAUUUGCACCCAUUCUUUAGUGAAUAUGGGUUAAUCCGUUACCGUGUAAUGGUUGAGGAGGUUCAAAGCUUUAGUGAGAAUGCCAGGUCUUAUUUAGAAAGUAUAGUUAGUGGCUUCAGCAAAGCUGAUGCUCUGGAAGUGAAAAAGAUUGAAAAAGUAACUAACCACGAUGUUAAAGCAUUGGAAUACUUCUUGAAACAGAAAUGUCAAUCCAAUGCUGAGAUUGCUGAGGUACUGGAGUUUUUUCAUUUUGCUUGUACAUUAGAGGAUAUAAAUAAUUUAGCCCAUGCAUUGGCACUGAAGGAGGCGUUCAACACUGUCAUUUUUCCUGUGAUGAUUGAGUUGUUGAAUGCAAUAUGCAAAUUAGCGAAGGAAAAUGCUCAUAUCUCCAUGUUGUCUCGCACUCAUGGACAGCCUGCUUCACCCACUACUUUAGGAAAGGAGAUGGCAAAUUUUGCUUUCAGACUAAGUGAAGUAGGGAAGACCUUUACAGAAGUGCAACUAUUGGGCAAGUGUGCUGGAGCUGUUGGAAACUACAAUGCACAUAAAGUUGCAUAUCCUGAUAUUGAUUGGCCAACUGUUGCAGCUGAGUUCGUGACCUCUUUGGGGUUAGGUUUCAACCCUUACGUGACACAGAUUGAGCCGCAUGACUAUAUCGCAAAGCUUUUCAAUGCAGUUGUUCAGUUUAAUAACAUCCUGACUGAUUUUGAUCGGGACUUAUGGAGCUAUAUUUCGUUAGGUUAUUUUAAGCAGAUGACCAAGGCUGGGGAGAUUGGAUCUUCAACUAUGCCUCAUAAAGUUAAUCCCAUUGAUUUUGAGAAUAGUGAGGGCAACUUGUGUUUGGCUAAUGCUAUUUUAUCUGCUCUCAGCUCGAAAUUGCCCAUCUCUCGUAUGCAGAGGGAUUUGACCGAUUCCACUGUUUUGAGGAAUUUGGGUAUUGGAUCUGGGUAUUCUCUCUUGGCAUACAAAAGUGCACUACAAGGAAUCCGGAAGCUUCAGGUUAGUAGUAAAAUCUGUAUGAGAUGGUUAUCACUAGAGAAUUAGAUAUAAAGCUAGAUG